UUCGAAAUAGGUACCAUUGUAGAAGGAUGUGGUAAUGUGAAUUAAACUCGACAUAAUAGUUGCCGCCGCCAAAAACUGUUUUUUUUUUUUGCAUCACCACGGGACAUAACAAAAGAUUCAAUUAUUGUUAUACUAAAUGUAAAAAAAAAACUAGCUAUAUAAGGUACCUAAAGCUGGUCUUUUGAUCAUCCAUCACAGUGCGGGGAUACAGGAUAUCAAAUAUAAAAAUGACGUUGUUCAAAUUCAUUCUAUUUGCGGCUCUUGUAUUUGUGAACGCAAAGGACAAGGAUUCGAUCAAGUCUAUGAAGGAGAAGAUGCUGCCUUAUAUCAUUGAGUGCGCUAAGGAAUACAGCCUGAAAGAAAGUGUUAUUAAAGAAGAAAAUUUCCAGUUUAUUUAUCCUUGCUUUUUCUCCUGUUUCUUCAAGAAAAAUGGGAUGAUCGACGAGUACGGCAUGUUUGACGUUGAGAAGGCUCUGGAGGAGAAUAAGGAGUAUUUGACGGAUAAAGCUGAUCUUAAGAGAGCCACCGAAAAUGCCGAGGCGUGCACUUCAGUGAACUCAGAGGAUGUGAGCAAAGACAAAACUGGAUGUGAAAGAGCAAAGCUUCUGGCAAUCUGCUUGAAAAAGAGUAAGGACAAGACAGAAGACAGGUUCAUCAUGAAGUUCCUGUGUGUAACUGUUGCUUUGGUUUUCAUUGUUGAAAGUAACGUUUUGGCGUUAGAUGAUGCCCAGAAAGCAACGAUUCAAGCAAAGUUCCUGUCAGGAGGCGUGGGCUGUCUAAAGGAUCAUCCUCUGUCCUUCUCAGAGAUACGAACUCUGAGGAAGAAAAUGUUGCCUGACGGACAGAACGCGAAGUGCUUCGCCGAGUGCCUAUUCAAGAAGAUUGGCAUUAUGGAUGACAUGGGCAAGUUGACGUCUGAAGGUGCAAAACAGAACGCCAUGCAGGUGUUCAACUCUGACGAACAUCUCUCCAACGUCGAGAAGUUCAUUAAGACCUGCUCUUCAGUGAACGACCAGGACCUGAGUGAAGCCGGUAUUAAGGGAUGCGAUCGUGCUAAGCUCGCCUUCACGUGCUUGGUAGAAAACGCUUCUAAAUUUGGAUUUGACAUGGACUUCUAACAAGACCUUCUAGAAUAUAAUCGACAUUUGCAAUUGAUAUUUUAUAUUAUCUACCUCGAAGAUUACC